CCCAGAUGGCCAGAAGAGGUCUAGAACUAUUUGUAAGCAGAUUAUCAUUUUACACGACUGCUGAAGAAUUGAAGAGUCUGUUUUCACCAUUCGGUCUGGUUACGCAAGCUAGGCUUGUUAUUGACCCAAUAACGCGAAGGACUAAAGGGUUUGGAUUUGUCCAGUUUGAUUCAGAAACUGAUGCUCAAAAUGCGUUAAAGGCAAUGAAUGGCAGGAUAGUGAAUGGCAGACUGAUUUUUGUUGAAGUUGCAAAGACCACAAGAUCUGAAAAUCAGACAUCCUGAGACUUAAGUUCUCGCGUGCAUUACUUCUACGGAUCUGUAUAAGCAGGCUAAAGCUCCAAAUGUCAAUGGCAAUGGGAGAACUCUUGACUUUUUCUCAAUCCUCUUUACUUCUACUGCCUAAGUGUCAGCUCCAACAUUCUCUGCGAGCAUGGAAUCCCGCUGCACAGAAUCUAGCAUCAACAUUAGCAGUUUCCUCUGGGCAUUUCUUAGCAACGAAGUUAGUGUUAUCUCCAAUUAAGUGUGUACCAAAAAAACACGUUUUUGGGGGGAUUAGAGCAACUGUCAUCUCAGAUUCUAAAAUGCCUACUACUUUCACAGUCGAUUCAGCUGGGGAAGGGGUUGAUGUGCUACCAGACACUGGAGGGGGUGGAAAUGACUUUGGCAAUGCAAGUGGU